AACACGUUUGUGUCGAUAUCUUGUAUCUCGAUAGUGCAUUUGUAUAUGACACAUACAGUUUUAAACUAUGCAUUUAAGCGAUAACAGAAUCUGUUAUUUUUAGACCCCCCCCGUAUCUCGUGCAGAGUGUUUAAGUCCAAGUUUAAACUUGACAGUUUAUGUUGUGUGUGGUUUUUAAACGUUAGCUACAUUAUCUGUUCCCUACAGUGUAUUUUGUGUAUCAGCUAGUAAGUUUACAUUUUUAGUAAAUUUCAAUAAACUCGUCAAAAUAUUAUCAAAGACUGUUGCUGAAAUGCCAAAUCAGAAAGAAGAGGCUGCUGAUGAUUCCCCUGCUGACCUUCCCUGUCUGGAAAAACUUGACUCUCCUAUGGGGAGCCCACCCACUGCCUCAUUAUCCAGCCUGAUGGAGCUGGAAAAUUGUGUUUCCAACCUGAGCCUCGCGCAUGAGAUAGUGGUGAACAGAGACUUCUGCUUCAAAUCCAAGAGCCCUCCUACAGACAGCCUGGAGGCCAGAGUGACAGAGAUUGCUCACCAAGCUUUUUGGGACAGUGUUCAAGACCAGCUGAAUAGUGAUCCUCCAAACUACAAUCAUGUUGUCAUUCUGCUCCAGGAAGUCAAGGCUAUACUUCAGUCCCUGCUGAUGCCCAGUCACAUCAGGCUGAGAUCUCAGAUGGAUGAGGUGCUGGACAUGGAGCUGAUCCAACAAGAGGUCAACCAUGGAGCUCUGGAUCUCCACAGACUGGCAGGAUACAUCAUCAACACCAUGGCUUCUUUAUGUGCGCCUGUGCGUGACCCACAGGUCACGGCACUGAGGGACCUCAAGGACCCCGUGGAGCUCCUGAGGGGGAUCCUCCAUGUCCUGAGCUUGAUGAAGAUCGACAUGGUUAACUUCACCAUGCAGUGCCUGAGGCCUCACCUCCUGCAGCAGGCCAUGCAGUACGAGAGGGCCAAAUUCCAACAGAUUCUGGACAAGCAGCCAGCUUCUCUGGACAGUACUACAGCUUGGCUUCAGGCCGCAGCAUCAGAGCAGGCGUCUGGGACUCCCAGUGCUGAUGGCCAAGGUCCUUUCAACACCACCGCUGUCCUAAACCGGGCCUACAUGCGUCUGCUAAACUGGGAUCCGCAAGACCAGAAUUAUCCCGAGACUGUGCUGCUGGACCGAGCCCGCCUGGACGCCCUGGGACAGCAGAUCCAGAUGCUGGUUCUGGAGGCAUCUGUGCUGCUCCUGACCAGCUCCCAGUGUGGGGGUGCCAUUUUAUCUCUGCAGGGGUUUGUAGGUAAACUCAGGCAGUCUGUCACUGCCCUGCUGGAUGGCAGUCAUACCAGAGAAGCUGACCUAAAGGGUGCGCUGCUGGGGCUUGGGGAGACAGUGCUGCAGCAGGUGACCGAAGCUCUGAGCAGCCAGGGAGGAGCUGCGCUGCCUGGACAGAACCUGCAUCUGCUGAAAGGACAAAUAUCGGAUCUGUGGAAGGAGAGCAACCCUGUCCGUGCACUCGUAGGAGAAAGGGUACAGGGGUUCCUCCAGGCCAUGCUGCAGGACAGCCCUGCUAAAAGGAGUCCAGAGCUGCCCUCUCCCCUCGGGCUGGUGAAUGCUGAGCUAGCCAAGCUGGGGACGGCCUUUGGGCAAAUCGUCCACUUCAACCGAACGGUCUUUGGUCCCUUCUAUGCACCCAUCCUCAGGAAACUGCUGUUCCCACCAGGAGAGGCCGAGGCUGGGGAGGACUCACUAUCGGCCAAGGGCGACCCAGACAACCUCCGGUGACCUUAACAUAAGUUGCCAUUCGGCACUGAAUAUGUAGCUAUAGAGUGUAAAUGCAGUGAAUGAGAAAGUUCAAGGGAACGGCAUUUACAGUCUGCAGAAAAAAGGUUGCAUAUUAUUAAUAUUUUUUCAACUAAACAAAAAAAAGUCUAAAUCAAAGCAUGAACCAGGUGUUAAAUUAUUGUUACAUUUCAUGUUAAUCACAUAUUUUAUUGCACAAAACAUUAGAAAUCCUGAAAAACUAUAUGAAACAAAAUGGAUAUUAUUGUUCACCUGGACAAGAGAAACAAACAGUUUUCUAGUAUGGCUCCUGAUAAGAGGCUGAUUGUGAUUCUGAAAUGUUUUAGAAAAGAUGAGGUGCCUGGAAAACAUAGUGUGGGUUUUCACUCUACUUCAUCUCAAGAUGAACACCCUCAGGAAUAACAUACCAAAGAUUAUGCUAAUAGCUUGUAAAUAAUAUUUCAAUAUUAUAUAUAUAUUUUAACAUGUAGCUGGUUACUGUUCUCAUCUUUAAAGCUCCAGUGUGUGGAAUUUAUUGGCAGACAUGGAAUAUCAUGUUCAUAAUUAUGUUUUUACUUUUGUACAGUCACCUGAAACUCAUUGUGUUCUUGUUACCUUAGAAUGGAACUUUAACCCUCCUGUCGUGUUCGGGUCAAAUCUGACCGAUUUACAACUUCAAACACUCAUAAAUAUUGUGUUUUACAUCUGAUUGCUUCAAGGCCUUAUGAUAUCCUCCACACUAUGCACCUGAACAUAUAGAAGUGAUGAUCACCUCUUUCAUUGAAUUUUGAGUUUUAAUCAACCUUGUUACACCUUGUGUCAACCUUGUGUUCCCGGUCAAAAGUGACUGCCAUAGGAAAUGAAUGGGUAUCCAGACUAUAUUCAUCCAUCAGACAGAAAACAUCCCCAUACACACCACCCCAACUCACACACUCACACUUUAGAUGAGAUGCUGCAAAUGUGAUGCCCACUCUGAACUGAGUGUCACAUGCCACUCAUGUGCAUGAAUUCACAUGCACACACACGCACAUGCACACACACACACGAGUUCAUGUUGAAUUUUUGAUGUUGAAGUUGAAAGUUUUCCAUUUAUUUUUUACAUUACAUGUUCAUCUUGUAAUACAUUUUCAGUGCCCAUUUGUAUUUUCACUGCAGUUAUUUUCUAUUCUAAUUCUAUAAAUUCAUGUCAAACACUACUUUGAGACAUUGUUCACAGCUAAAGAAUGUUGAACAACAAUUUGGUGGUGAAAAAUGUUUUUUGUGCUAAUUUAAGAGCAGCUAAAACAUACCGGUCAAUUUUGACCGGGAGCACUAAAGUAAAGGGCGGGAGGUGAACACGACAGGAGGGCUAAUAACCAGAAAGGCAGCGGCUCGUCUCCCUCAGAGCCCACCAUGCUGCACCGCCAGGCUUCUACAUUAACCCAGAACAGACAAACCAGACAAACCACUGGCUCCAGAGAGGGACUUUCAUGUUUUUUGUGGCCACCGUAGGGGAGGCUGAGACGGGAGGGAUGUUCAGUUGAUUGUAAUUUAUAAAGGUUCAUUUUAUUGGGAUACCUGUGCUUGCACAGUUCCAGGAAGCUGUUGGUUUCCAUUCAUUUCCAGUAUUUCCUGUAUGUAAAUCAUUUAUAAGCCUUUUGCUUAUGUUGUAUAAUACUGUGAUCAUUAAGUUCAUAUAAACUCAUUGUUACACUCCUCAA